GUAAUAUUGCCACCUCUGGGCCAAAGCCGCCCCUUUGAGGACGAUAUUCCGUCCCCUCGGUGGGAUUCCGUGUGCUCCUUCGCCACGCAGGCAAACUUCUUCAUUCAAAGCCUCCGCUGCACCGCCGCCGGGGUGACGAUCUGCUGCCAGCAGAUGGCAGAGGAUGCGUACGGCGUCUUUGAGAUGAUCAAGGAUGUUUGUGAAGGAUUGACUGGCAAGCCCGAUGCAGCCACGGAGGCGACCCAAGAGCAGAACAGUGGUUCAUCAACCUCAGCUUGCGCGAUUUCUGGCGGUGAUGUUGCUCCUUGCGAUGGUAAGGUUGACGGCAGACCGACCACGAGCAUCGACCGACAGCCAAGAUGA